GUCAAAAUUGUAAAGUCACAAAAGUCGGGUUGCGGAUUUGGAAGUAAGAGAAGUUGCUGCACAGAAAUCUAAGAUAUUUUUAGAAAUCAUUUAAGAUAAUUUAAAGUUGAAUUUAGUAUACGAAUUUUAGUGUUAAUUUUCUUUAAGUUUUGAUAAUAUUUUUAGUUUUACUUCGUUUGUGACUAAAACAUCUCAACCGAAUUAAGUAUUAGGUAUAGACAUUCGUUGGGCGUAAAAAGAAAAUGGCGUGCGCUACUCUCAAAAGAAAUUUGGAUUGGGACACAAUGUCGCAAACGCCUGCGAAACGAAGAUGUGUCCCGUUUGCUACAUCUAGCACCAGCCCUGGAAUAAAAUUGACGGAAAACAAACACUCUGCUUUCGGUGAAACCGUUACUGCUCCUGCGAAAUUAACCCCAGAGCGCAUGGUACAGGAGAUAUGUGAGGAGAUCCUGCGGCUGCGGCGGCGGCGCCAGCUGCGGCUGGCCGAGGGCGCCGCAGGCUCCUCCUCCAGCGGCAGUGAGGGCGACGCCUCUCCGCCGCGACAUGCCUCGCACGCAUCGCACGCGCACGCUCACUCCACACACAAGGUGCACAAGCGUGUGCUCUUCACAUUCGACCAGGUGCGCAUGAUCUGCGAGCGAGUAUUGCGCGAGCAGGAGGUGGCGCUGCGGGCGGAGUAUGACACGGCGCUAAACAACAAGCUCGCCGAGCAAUAUGAAUCCUUUGUGCGCUUCAACUUGGACCAGGUGCAGCGUCGUCCCCCGCCAGCCACUUGCAUGCCCUUGGGUGUGGACUCGGAGCACCACAUGCAUCAGGACCUAGUUCCUAGCUAUCUGUCCUAAUAACGAAGGAGCCAGUUGUUGGAAGUGACACUGCAAAUAUAUCAAGAAAAAAAUAUUUUGAUAUAUUAUGUAACAUUAUAUGCUGGAAUAUAAUGUGACCUAAUUAUUGAAGACAUUGUGAUUGCUGCUGGAAUCUAGCCAAUAUCAAUAUUGUACCCAUUGUGGCUAACGAACAACUUGCAAUGCAGUAUUAAGAUAAUUUUGCUACAAUAUAACCACUUCCCUAGCGUCGAGUACACAAUAUUGUUAUGGCUAGAUUCCACAAUAUUCAUGCCACAUAAACAUAAUUUAGCUUAUAAUGCUUUAGAUAAGAUUCGCUGGAUAAUUGUGUUCAUGGACUGAGUGAGGCUGUCAGAGUGAGCCUUCGCCCCGGCGACUCCGCCCCGGCGCCUCCGCUGACUAAAUGUUUUGUGUAACACGACGUCAAACCCGAGUGUUUAUGUUUUUUGUAUAUUUUCUAAAGAAUACGAUAAUGUGUAGAGAAUUAGAGAUAAAAAAAAAAAAACAAAAGGAUAAAAUUCACACAGAGUGCCUGCUAAGAUUAACAUCCCUCUUGAGUUGAAAGUUAGUUAGCCAUAAUUUUGAUUUGUUUAAUUUUUUUUUUAGUUACUUUUUAGUGUUAUCGAAAUAUAGAUGUAGUUUUUAAAUUAUAGUUUAUAUUCUUUACUGAAUAUUGUACACAAAUAUGUGACCCGACUUAUUCAUUGUAAGACGACGAUACAACUGUCCUCGUGAGUCCGUAUUUUGUGUCGUAAGCCACAGUUGGUAUGUCAGGGGUAAUAAUUUUAUGACAAUUGGCCUCUUGUAUCAGAAAUUUAAAACUCCUACAACUAUUUAUAUUACGGCUUUCAUAAAUUAUCUUAACUUUCUAAAUUAACUGAUACAUUAAGGCUUUAGUAAAUGUUUAUGAAUUAGCUUUAUUUAAUUUUCUAAGUUAUUGUCGGUAAUAUUGUUUCGUGGUUCCGACCACACAAGUGCUACUGCAUAAUUAGCUUUUUGUUUUUCAAAAUUUAGUUAUUUUUCUUUUAAUAAUGACCAGGUAUAAUUUGUUACCAAGCGUUUAAAAUAGGAUAGAUCUUUUCUUUUAAAUUGUAUUAUCAGCUCAUCUUAUUAUAUAGGUUAUUGGCGUUUAAGAACUGAAAAUAAAUUAGCUAAA